AGUAGCCGCGCGGACGGGGCGCGCGGACUGGGUACACAAGCGGGUCCGGUGGUGAAGGGUUUUGUCGCUUUCGAUUAAAUUUGUACCAGCAUCAAUAGAAUGAUGGUUUAGUAAUCUCUUAACAAUCCAAAAGAACCCUGGACUCUAUCAGGAGAGCUGGAUCUAAUCCUACUAUUCUGAUUCUAUUCUCCCUGAGAUGUAUUCCUGGUUUUGAGCAAUUCAUAUAAUCCUUCAGGACCCUUUUCCCACCUAUAAAAUAAGGGUAUUGAUAAUCAUCUGGAAGUUUCUUCAAGCAAUCACUAUGUCAACCAACACAGAUGUUUCUCUUUCUUCAUAUGAUGAAGAUCAGGGAUCUAAAUUUAUCCGAAAAGCUAAAGAAGCACCAUUUGUGCCUAUUGGAAUGGCAGGUUUUGCAGCAAUUGUUGCAUAUGGAUUAUACAAAUUAAAGAACAGGGGAAAUACUAAAAUGUCCAUUCACCUGAUUCACAUGCGUGUGGCAGCCCAAGGCUUUGUUGUAGGAGCGAUGACUCUGGGUAUGGGCUAUUCCCUGUAUAAGGAAUUCUGGGCAAAACCUAAACCUUAGAAGAAGAGAUGCUGUCUUGGUCUUGUUGGAAGUGCUUGUUUUUGUUAUGUUAAAGUUAUAUGUUUAUGUCAAAAAAUAAAUCCCUUGAGUGGGUUCAGGCUGUAACACGGUAUUUUGAAUAAUGGCUUCUUUUCUUGCCCA